UUGAAACUUGAAACGGCUCCAUUCUCCAGUUUCCUCUCUUCAGAUUCCUACUCCACUACUAGUAGUAGAAGUAAUCUCUAUUUCAAUUCCUACAAAAAGCCACUGUGAGCGAUGCGAUCGGACGCGACUGAGCUUCAAGCCUUCAUUGUUCUACAAUGUACAUUAUCUACUGAGGUGAUUGCCGGAUUUGCAUUUUAAACUUCUCAUCUACUGAAAGUUAAAGAGAUCAGGCGUUAAUUAAACAAAAAGAGGAAUCGACACGACGCAAAACGUGUGUUUGUGUUGAAAUGAGAGACGACAAAUGUCAGUAGUUGAAGAAAGCGCAUUGGGGAAGACGAAUACAAGGAGGCCUUGGAUUUAUGUUGUCAGGAAGGUUAUCAAAGCGGCGGGUGACACUUAUCCGUAUAAAGCCUUCACUCCACUCUGUUCAUAUUGCUUUUGGAGCUCAAAACUUUCUCUGUUUCUUUGUUCGAAGUUCUUCUGUAUAUCGUCUACUGGUGCGGAUCUGGUCUGAUCUACAAAUAGCUGUGGGCAGGAACAGAAUCUCAGUGCGAAGAUCGAGGCCAUCGAGCCAUGGAUCUCCAUUAUGGCAAGUGUUGGAGUACUUCAAAGAAAGACUCUUGGAAGACAGUUUUGCUGUUAGCUUAUCAAAGCCUUGGUGUGGUCUACGGGGACUUGAGCAUCUCCCCUCUCUAUGUUUUCAAGAGCACAUUUGCGGAGGACAUUCAGCAUUCUGAGACUAAUGAAGAGAUUUUUGGUGUGCUUUCUUUCGUCUUCUGGACGCUCACUCUAGUUCCUCUAUUCAAGUACGUCUUUGUGGUUCUUCGAGCCGAUGACAAUGGAGAGGGUGGCACUUUUGCUUUAUACUCCUCGAUAUGCAGGCAUGCCAAAGUUAGUCUUCUUCCAAAUAGGCAGGUUGCAGAUGAAGCACUAUCUACAUAUAAACUAGAGUCCCCUCCGGAGAAGAAAAAUAGCUCACGGGUGAAAAUUUUGCUUGAAAAGCACAAGGCCCUGCACACUGCUUUGCUAAUCUUGGUUCUGCUUGGUACCUGCAUGGUAAUCGGAGAUGGGUUACUCACACCAGCAAUUUCUGUUUUCUCAGCCGUUUCAGGCCUUGAGUUAUCAAUGUCCAAGGAACACCAUCAAUAUGCAGUGGUUCCAAUUACUUGCUUCAUUUUAGUGUGUCUAUUUGCACUUCAACACUAUGGCACACAUCGGGUUGGAUUCCUUUUUGCGCCAAUUGUUCUGAUUUGGCUCCUGUGCCUUAGCACCCUUGGCUUGUACAAUAUAUUCCACUGGAAUCCACAUGUUUAUCAGGCACUUUCUCCAUAUUACAUGUAUAAGUUCUUGAGAAAGACAAGGAAAAGUGGCUGGAUGUCUUUGGGUGGAAUCUUAUUGUGCAUAACAGGCUCAGAGGCAAUGUUUGCUGAUCUCGGCCACUUCACAUACACUGCAAUUCAGAUUGCAUUUACUUUUCUAGUUUAUCCAGCACUAAUUUUAGCAUACAUGGGUCAAGCUGCAUACUUGUCAAGGCACCACCAUAUUUACAACAGUUACCAGAUUGGAUUCUAUGUCUCAGUUCCAGAAUGUGUGAGGUGGCCAGUGCUUAUACUAGCAAUAUUUGCUUCAGUGGUGGGAGGCCAGGCGAUCAUUAGUGGAACAUUUUCUAUCAUCAACCAGAGCCAAUCAUUAGGUUGCUUCCCGAGGGUCAAGGUUGUUCACACCUCUGAUAAGAUACAUGGCCAGAUUUACAUCCCUGAGAUCAACUGGAUGCUCAUGAUCCUCUGCAUUGCUGUGACCAUUGGGUUCAGAGACACAAAACACAUCGGAAAUGCAUCAGGGUUAGCAGUGAUGACAGUGAUGCUGGUGACCACAUGCCUCACUUCAUUAGUCAUUAUCAUCUGUUGGCACAAACCCCCUAUUUUGGCCCUUGCUUUCCUACUCUUCUUUGGAACCAUUGAAGUUCUCUACUUCUCAGCUUCGCUGGAAAAGUUCCUUGAUGGGGCCUGGCUCCCUAUCCUCCUAGCACUUUUCCUCAUGACCAUUAUGUUUGUGUGGCAUUAUGCAACCAUCAAGAAGUAUGAAUUUGAUCUCCACAACAAGGUAUCCUUGGAGUGGCUUCUGGCCUUAGGCCCCAGCUUAGGUAUCGCACGAGUUCCUGGAAUUGGGCUAGUGUACACUGAACUCACAUCUGGAAUUCCUGCAAACUUCUCUCGGUUUGUCACGAACUUCCCUGCAUUCCACCGUGUCCUGGUCUUUGUGUGCAUCAAGCAUGUACCUGUACCUUAUGUGCCCCCAGCCGAACGUUACCUUGUGGGCCGUAUUGGGCCCUCAGAUCAUAGGUCCUACAGGUGCAUUGUUCGUUAUGGGUACCGAGAUGUUCACCAGGACAUUGAUUCAUUUGAAUCUGAACUUGUUGAUAGGCUUGUUGACUUCAUUCGGUUUGAUGGGUAUCGGACCCUGGGGACCAAUUCAUGUGUUGAGGUCGAUGCAUCUCGUUCUAGCGAGUCCACAGGCGAGUGUAGAUUAGCGGUGAUUGGAACAGUAGCAUUCUCAGGCCUACCAGCUUAUGAGAUUGAGGAAAGUGUGCAACCGAGUAAAACUGUUAGGUUUCAGACAGUGGAGAAUAAUAAAAUAGAUGUAAUAGAGAUGGAACCGGUAGGUGCUGUUGAGAAGAGGGUAAGGUUUGCCAUCGAUGAUGAAUCGGGUGGUGGUGAUGGUGAUACACAUUCGGCGAUGGAUGAUCGGGUGCGGGAAGAGAUAGAGGAUCUGUUGGAGGCUCAACAAGCAGGAACGGCAUUUAUACUUGGCCACUCACAUGUAAAAGCAAAGCAAGGAUCCACAUUCCUGAAAAAAGCGGCUAUUGAUUUUGGGUACAAUUUCCUGAGAAGGAAUUGCCGGGGACCAGAUGUGGCUCUCAAGGUACCGCCAGCAUCUCUCCUUGAAGUUGGCAUGGUCUACGUUGUGUAGUCUGUAGUGUAGUACUAGUCCAAGCGCGCCUCGUUUGGCCUUUGGAUCAUCCAAAACUUCUUCUAGUCUAGACUCUAGAGGGAAAAAAAGUGUGUAUAACCUGAAUGUGCGGCUUGAUAGUUGAUACUUCACACCAACCAGUGUUGUUGUUUGUAAUCUAUGUAUUGUAUUUGUAUUAUAAAAUGACUGAUCAGUUUCCGUGCA